AUGGAGGAGAAGAAGCUUUGUGAGGAGAUUGAAAAUCUAAAUAUACUGCAACAUAGAUACUAUGAGCAGAGAAGCAAAUUCAAAUGGAUCCCAAAUAUGGAUAAAAAUACCAGAGUGUUUCAUAUGUCAGUGAUGCAGAGGAAGAAAAAGAACCAGAUUGAUGCUCUAAAACUACCCAAUGGCACUUGGAUAACUGAAGCAAAUGAAAUCAUCUACUAUUUGGUCAACCACUUUACUUGUCUGUUCAAGAAGGACCCUGAAGAAGAUAGAUACCAUAUACAACUCCAAGCUGAAGCCCAGAUAUACAGAAGCUGCAACAAUACCAUAUCUUUGGUACCUUCUAAAGAGGAGGUGUGGAAUACGAUUAGGAGGAUGAAAAGCCUCAAAGCUCCAGGCCCAGAUGGCAUGCCAGCCCUAUUCUAUAAAAGCUGCUGGGAGACUAUUGUAGAUGAAGUCACAAAGACCAUCCAAGAUUGCUUUGCCACAGCUUCUUUGCCAUAG